AUGCAGGGCAUGGACGCAAGUUCCAACAACAUGAACACAUCAUUUCUCUCCUCUGCUGGGAAUCAGUCCAUCCACCUGAACUUUUCAGAGAAGAAUUCCAGAAUCAUACACUUCCAAGAUCAAGAUUGCCACAUGCCAUUGGCCAUGGUCUUCACCUUGGCUCUGGUUUAUGGGGCUGUGAUCAUUCUUGGUGUUUCUGGAAAUCUAGCCUUGAUUAUCAUCAUCUUAAAACAGAAGGAGAUGCGCAAUGUUACCAACAUCCUUAUUGUCAACCUUUCCUUCUCAGACCUUCUAAUGACCAUCAUGUGUCUCCCCUUCACCUUUGUAUACACUUUAAUGGACCACUGGAUUUUCGGGGAGGCCAUGUGCAAGCUGAAUCCUUUUGUGCAGUGUGUCUCAAUCACAGUCUCGGUUUUCUCUUUGGUCCUCAUCGCAAUUGAACGCCACCAGCUGAUCAUCAACCCUCGAGGGUGGAGGCCAAAUAACAGACAUGCCUACCUAGGGGUUGCUGCCAUCUGGAUUCUAGCCAUGGCUUCCUCCUUGCCUUUCCUGGUUUAUCAUGUAUUAACUGAUGAACCCUUCAAAAAUAUAACAAUCGAUGAAUAUAAAGACAAAUAUGUGUGCUUGGACUUGUUCCCUUCGGACACGAUCAGGCUUUCUUAUACCACAGCUCUGUUGGUGAUACAGUACUUUGGACCACUUUGUUUUAUAUUUAUUUGCUACUUAAAGAUAUACAUACGCUUAAAACGAAGGAACAACAUGAUGGACAAGAUGCGAGACAAUAAAUACAGAUCCACUGAAACCAAAAGGAUCAACAUCAUGCUGAUCUCUAUUGUGGUUGCAUUUGCAGUCUGCUGGCUACCUCUUACCAUCUUUAAUACUGUGUUUGACUGGAAUCAUGAAAUUCUACCUGUUGCCAACUGCAGCCACAAUUUGUUGUUCUUGAUUUGCCACCUCACAGCCAUGAUCUCUACCUGUGUGAACCCUAUCUUUUAUGGAUUCCUCAACAAGAACUUCCAGAGGGACUUGCAGUUUUUCUUUCAUUUUUGUGAUUUUCGCUCCAGGGAUGAUGAUUAUGAGACUAUAGCCAUGUCCACCAUGCAUACAGAUAUUUCGAAGACCUCUUUGAAGCAAGCAAGCCCAGUAGCAUGUAAAAAAAUAAAUAAUGAUUAUGAUGAAAAAAUAUAA